AUGCCAAUCUCCAUUCUUCGGCGCUCACUGCAGUUGGUGAACUUAUCGAAUCUACAUCUCCCAGUGUCUGGCAGUGUCAGUGCUCGACUGAGGAAGAAUUACUUCCAUACAACGCCUUCACGGCAAGCCAUCAAACCAUAUUUACUGGCUGAUAUCGGCGAGGGUAUUACGGAGUGCCGGGUUGUUCAAUGGUUCGUCAAGCCAGGAGACCAAGUCAGCCAGUUUGAUGCCAUUUGUGAGGUUCAGUCCGACAAAGCGUCAGUUGAGAUUACAUCCCGGUAUGAUGGAGUCGUUGCCAGUCUCCACCACGAGACAGAUGAGAUAGCCGAAGUGGGGAAGCCUCUGCUCGAUAUUGACGUCGACGAGAAUUUAUCCGAUGGAAACCAGACUUCCCCACAGUCAGCACCCGAGCAGUCUUUGUCUGAAUAUACGACCACUGCGACUGCUGGGGGAGCGGAAACCUCACCAAACAUCAAUACGCCACAAAAUUUGCCUGACGCAGAUCCCGAACAAAAGACAAAGAACUCCGGGCUGAUCGUCCCGGCGGUCAAAAGUAUGCUAAAGCAGCACGAUAUUAAUAUCGAUGAUGUUAGAGGCAGUGGGAAGGAGGGGACAGUGAGAAAGGAUGAUGUUCAAAGGUAUUUGAAUUCAAGAAAGGUAGCUCCGGAGCUGUUCUCUUCAAGGGAGGCGGGCCAAGUCCAUACAUUGGUGGAAGACAAACCUGUUCCUUUGACAGCAAUUGAGACUCAUAUGUUUCAGGUCAUGACUCGUGCCGUCACCAUCCCACACUUUGGUUAUAGCCAUUCUGUCGACUUUACUACUUUGACGAGUCUCCGUCGGAACUUCAACAAGCAACUGGAGGUCUCUGAGGGAAUCCACGAAGACGGGGUUACUAAGUUAACAGCACUUCCAUUUGUCCUCAAGGCUCUUUCACGGGCCUUUCUGCGACACCCCCGAUUGAAUGCCCAUCUUGAAACAGAGGUGGCUGCAAAAACGCCCAACUUAAUUGUCAAAGCGUCUCACAAUUUUGGCGUUGCGAUGGAUACGGCUAGUGGGCUUCUGGUUCCAGUCGUCAAAGAUGUUCAAAAUCUUUCCAUUCUUUCCAUCGCAGCUGAGCUGACACGACUAAGUGCACUGGCAAAAGAAGGUCGUCUUACCCCGUCAGACAUGAGUGGAACUACCUUCACUGUGAGUAACAUUGGAAGCAUUGGAGGUUCCGUGGUGAACCCUAUCAUUGUGCCUCCAACUGUUUGCAUUCUUGCAUUAGGCAAGACCGAAGAUGUUCCGGUCUUCGAAAAUCACAACGAGGAAGGCGAUAUAUCAGUUACCAAGCGUGAGAAAGCUGUUCUCAGCUGGAGUGCGGAUCAUCGAGUUCUUGACGGUGCUUCAGUCGCACGAUGUGCCCAGCACGUGAGCGAGAUCUUAGAGAACAUGGAAGCCAUUGGUAUUGGAUUGCACUAG